AUGUCCAUUACCAUUGAAGUGAAUAGCAGCCAAAUUAAUAAAGAUAAACUGGACAUGCAUUUUCUGCCGGCAAAUAUAAAAGGUGAUGGCGAGGCCAAUGUAGAGCAAUACUUUACGGCCUAUACUCGAAAAGAGAAUGGUUUCCUUACAAAUGCCCUAAGGGGCUAUCCUCUCCAGGGCGAGACGAAAAAGGUUCCCGAAACAUUUAAAGGUAUAGUUUUACAGGAAACACGCAAACCUUUAGACGAAGAAGCUGAACGCAUAUUGCGAGUUAAAGGAGCAUUUAAGGAAUUUACAUAUUGGAAUUAUGAUAAAAUUCCAUCCGCAUCGGAUGGUUACAGUCAGGCUUUACAAAUUGUGGAAAUUGCGGAUGUGAUGUCUGAACCGAUUUCGGAAAAAGAUGUCCUCAAGGAAAUGAAAGAAAAUGAGAGCGAAAAAUAA